AUGAUAGUGGAUAAAAAAGAUGAUAAAGGAAUCCCAAUACUGGAUCAGGUCACAACUCACAAGUCACACGGAUCAUAUCACACAGGCUUUGAGAUGCUUGAACACCACCCCAAAAAAAAAUAUGAUCUCAUUGGAAAGCUGAAUUCUAUUAACCAUUAUCUUCUUCUGGAUCAGGGUGAUUUCUUGGUUCAUUUUAUGGAUAUUGCACCUGAUGAACUUGAUAAAACUCCAAAUGAGAUCUCUGUUGAGAAGCUUCAGUCUCUGUUGGACCUUGCACUAGCAUUCAACAGCAGCUGCAGCAGAUUCUUUGCAUGAAGAUGUCACAUGUUCUGUGGACACAUGUUAUUUGUUAAAGAGAUUAAGCAUUCUGAAAGAUCUUCAAAUAGGUGGUGAGACAGUUUCAGAGCCUGAUGUUGUAGAAGAGCUAUUAGACGUUUAUAUUAUAGGGGUAAAGUGUAAUUUGUAUUAGUAUAUAUUCUGUAAU